AUGACCCUCGUAGGGAAUUUGCGGCAAUUCAUUUCAGGGACAAGGAAAGAUGCUUCGUCCAAGCCUCCGAUUCUGCUAUCCUGGCGGUCAUCAAAGUUCUUCAUCGUGACCACCGUCUGUUUGGCUUUAUUCACUGAUAUAUUCUAUUAUGCUUUGAUUGUACCCGUGAUCCCCUUCUCUCUGACUGUUCAAGUUGGUAUCGCCGAGGAACAAGUCCAAUCAUGGACCUCUAUUCUACUGGCAUGCUAUAGUGCUGCCCUAUUUGUGAGUAGUCCAUUAGCGGGUAUCUAUGCCGACCACACUUCCUCGAGAAGAUGGCCCUUACUCCUGGGACUUCUGGCUCUGGCCGCAUCAACCUUGCUGCUCUGCUUCGGGACCAGUAUCGGCCUCCUGGUCCUGGGCAGGUUGCUACAGGGUCUGAGUGCUGGUAUUGUCUGGAGCGUCGGCUGUGCGCUUCUAGUUGAUACCAUGGAAGAUGCUGUUGGUAUGGCCAUGGGCUAUGUGGCCACCUCCAUGUCCGUUGCAUUACUGAUUGCACCGACUGUCGGCGGUGCUGUAUAUGCAGCAGCUGGAUACUAUGCUGUUUACUAUAUCGCAUUUGGCGUUGUGCUUGUUGAUAUUUUGCUACGACUUCUCAUGAUAGAGAAAAAGGUGGCAAAGCAAUGGUUGGCACCAGUAGUCUCUGAGAGUACCCCAAAUGCUGGAACGGACGUCGAGAAAACAGCGGCUACUGCUUCUCAAAGAGGAAAUCAAGAGGACCAUCAGGCGCCAGCUGACACACGGCUCAUUCCUGCGCAAGCAAACAUGGCCACAGGGGCGCUUCCGGAUUCUGCAGAUCAGAGCGGUGCCUUGGCACGCCAUGCCACGGGCUCUGAACGCUCGUACUUGAGAUCAAAGCCGAUUUGGGUGCUCUUGAAGUCACCUCGACUGCUUGCCGCCCUAUAUGCUAUUCUAGUCCAAGCAGGCAUCAUGAUGGGCUUUGACGCUGUUCUUGCACUGUUUGUGCAGUCGACAUUUCACUGGAAUUCUAUAGCGGCAGGUCUCAUGUUUAUCGCCAUCUUUUUACCCGGCUUCAUCUCACCACUGGUCGGCUGGCUGGCUGACAAAUACGGGGCCAAAUGGCUGUCUUUUGCUGGAUACGUGGCCACGAUCCCACCCGUCAUCUGCCUACGAUUUGUCACAGAGGACACGAUUGGACACAAGGUCCUGCUGACUGUCCUGCUUGCGAUUAUAGGUGUUUCCCUGUCUUUCAGCAAUACGCCCUUGAUGGCAGAGAUCACAUAUGUGAUCAUGGAAAAGGCCGAGGCUAACCCAGGCAUAUUUGGAGAGAAAGGCGCGUACGGCAUAGGCUACGGGCUCUUCACCAUGGCCUUUGCCGCGGGGGGUGUGGUUGGGCCGCUAUGGGCAGGAUAUGUCAACGACAAUGCUGGUUGGGGUACGGCGAUGUGGUCACUUGGUGUCUGGGCAGCAUCCGGUGCGGCGGUCGUGGUCAUUUGGCUGGGCAGCAAAUCGCCGCAGAAGCAAGAUAACAGACCACCAGCCGCCGCGGAAGGAGGACGCGAGGCUACUGCCCCUCCUGUUGUAGAAGGAGUAUGA